AGCUGUCAUCUGUCUGUCUGCUGUUCACCCAGCGGCACUUAUUUACUUUUAUUUAUUUUCUGUAAUUUUGGAUAAACAUAGUUUCUUUACAAAAUAUAAAAUGUCUGGCGUCAACCUAAAAUGGAUUUCUGUUAACCCAACGUUGAAAGAAGGUGUGCAACUUUUGAACUCCCUGAGUGCCAAGAAGUUUCACUUACUUCUCAAUCACAUUAUAACCGAGGAGCAAUUCACAGAUGAAGAGCUCGCUAAACUCAAAGACUCUUUAAAACUAACUGAAGAACAGGUUGAACUGUUGGUGCAAAGUAUUGUUCAUAUUCUCAAACAGUCGAACAGGAUCUUGAUCAAGCCAACUGAUUUGCAAAAGCAACUCUGUGAAUCACUGGAGUUUGAUGAAGAAAAGGCAGAAGAUUUUGUGAAAGUGUGGUCAAAGCAAGUGAAUGAUAAUGUGGACUUUGAAAAUAGGAAGUGUUUAGAAGACAUUUCUUGGGAGAUGAACAUACAGGGUGCAGAUCAAAUUGAUAAUAGGCAGUAUGAGCCUCUUGCCAGGCUUCAGUUUCGGGUCUCUAAGGGAGAUACAGGUGAAAGUAGUAAAGAAAAACUUACAUUUGAGUUGAAUAAAGAAGAACUAAUUCAUCUUUAUAAUACAUUAGAAAGUAUCCAGCUCAAAGUUGAUAGCUUAAAGAAAUAGGUCAAGUUUAUAUCUGAUAUAGAAUUUUCUAUUUGUUUACUCUUCUUCUACUUCAGUAACAUAGCUAAAUCUAGUGGGGCAUAUAACCUAAUUUUUUUUUAUUGAUGUGACCAAAAGACACCCACUGACAGAAAGUGGGCAUUGCUUUUUACCCAUGGGAAUGAUCCCAAAGUUUGACAGCUGAUUAUGUCAUUAAACAUUUCACCACAAAGUUGAAUUUGUCUUUGGAGAUGAGAUUGAUCCCAAGAAUGAUUUUGGGAAUAAUUCUUCUGUCGCUGUUCAGGAAUACAGUUCCCCAAAAGGGAAGAGAAGUAUGCCCACUUUGUCUCACUCUACCUUCUUUUUUUUUUUUUUUAUACUCCAACUACCACGAAGGCCUAAGGCCUAAGCACUCUUUGGGUACCGUGGGGCUAUAGGGGGAUAGAUGGAAAAGGGGGGGGGGACGCCACACGGACUCUGGCGAGGGAACACAACACAUGUGCAUGCAACAUGCGCACAUUCUGGCUCCGCCUACGACAUCCGCCUGGUGGUACCUCCGCGUUCGACAGUCAGAGACCAUCUACCACCUACGGACAAUCACAACAUCCAUAGCCAAGAGAAAAAUUUCUCCUGGGACGGGAGUCGAACCCGCACAGCGCACGGCGACUGAUCAGGAGACCGAAGAGUCUACUACUGCAGCCACCGCUGCUGCCUCCUUAUUUCAAGAAUUAACCCACAGUGGUUUAUCUUAAUGUUUACGCUGAACCCUGAUCUGAUCAGUCAAUCUGUAUUGAGAACACAUUAUAACAUUUUCAGAUUGAUUCUCUGAGUAAUUAAAAAAAAAUGUUGAAUAUGGUUUAACAUCUCAUAACUUUAUUCUGACAGAUAUACAUCAAAAUGUUACACAAAAUAUAUCCCUUCUUAUGCAUUGGUUGUGAUAGUCCAUGAUUUGUCUUCCAUGCUUACUAUGAUGGCUUGUUCAAUCUUCUCAUGCAGCCACAACAACAGUUCUUUUUGACCAGAUAUUUUGAUUUGUUGAAGUCUUUCUGUGUUUGUAUCACUCUGAAAAUGAAAGUGUACAGAAUUUUCCUAUUUACUUAUGAUUACUUUGAAGGUUUUUUUUUUGUUCUGAUAUUGGCACUGG